GUACGUUUCGCGUCAUGGUGCUCAAAAAUGCACUUCUUCAAAUUGCUAGUUCUCUAUUUUUGCAAUUUCAGUGACGGUUCAUGGAGAACUAAAACAACCCUAAGCAAACUCCAAGAUUUUCACAAUGUUACUAUUUACUUGGGCUACGCUAACAAUCCAUUCGGUGCUUCCUCACCGGCCUUACUUAACAAGAAAAAAACUUGGUAAUGCUUUUAGCCAUGUUGAUGACCCUCGCCCAAAACGUGGUGUAAUCCACCUCUACAACAUGGUCAGUUGUGCAACAGGAUGUAAUCCUCUAAUUUACAAGGGUUAUGGCUGCUAUUGUGGUUUCUUAGGAUCAGGAUAUGCAGUCGAUGGCAUAGACAGGUGCUGCAAAAUGCACGAUUGGUGUUACAACACUGCUAAUUGUCCAAUGUAUCUCGAAUAUUUCGUACCGUAUUUUUGGAAAUGUUACCGGAAUCGUCCCUUGUGUGCCGUUCCAGAACACCAACGGGGAGGUCCCGGUUCGUGUCCUCAACGAUUGUGUGAAUGUGACCGUAUUUUAUCACAGUGUCUUAGUCAAUUUCCAUGUCCUUCGAAAAGGGCUUUUUGUAGGGCUUCGCCCUGGAGGCUCUUCCAGAAUCUCUUCAUGGGUUUAGAGUGACAUUGACAAUUAGUGACAUGAAUAAAUUACUGGAAGUCAAGUUUCAGUUAAAACAUACGGUACCAGAAUCAUCAUCGGAAGUCCAAAUUGAACUUCCUGAUCGAAAACAACAAGAACCCAAAGUUACAAUUGUGACUUUCUAUACUUCAAUUCUAGGAAUUGUGAUUGGACUUCUAACAACAAUUUUGGGCUUCUUAUUGUGGUUCAAAGUGAUUAAUGCAAGGUGAUCAACCCGAACAACUCCGACAACCCAUCCAAGUACAAAGAUGGCGACUUUCUCGAAGACCACUUUGGUGGUACUUGUUGACCAUCAUUGGUCUAGCUUUAAUUUUUAUUAUUGUAGCCACAGCUGUUGUUGUCA